CCUCUGCAUCUCAAGAGCAUCAUUCAGUCAGCACGCACCAACUCAUGUCGUUUCUUAUUCCAGUUUUUGUCGGUUGCCUGGCAGUUUAUCUUGCCUGGAGACUGAUUCCACGAUCAAACGUUGAAAUCAAAGACAAAUAUGUUCUUAUUACGGGCUGUGACUCCGGCUUCGGCCGCAAAACAGCAAUUCGACUGGACGAGAUGGGAGUUCGCGUGAUUGCAACUUGUUUAACGAAGGAAGGCGAACAGAACUUAAAAUCUGUGACGAGCGACAGACUGAAAACAUUCCAGAUGGAUGUUACAAACUCCCAGCAUAUUAGAGAUGUAUUCGAUGAGGUGGAAAGGCGGAUUCCAGAUGAAACAGGACUGUGGGGCCUGGUUAAUAACGCUGGGAUUCAUAUCCAAUCACCAAUUGAUUGGCAACCGCUGGACAAUUUUAAACGCAUUGCAGAUGUUAAUCUAUGGGGAAUGAUUGACGUCACUAAAACAUUUUUACCUUUAGUGAAGAAGGCCCGAGGACGAGUUGUGAACUUUUCAAGUACUGCAGGUCGAAUAGCAUUCAGCUGUAUCGCUCCUUACGCUGUAACCAAAUAUGGCGUUGAAGCGUUUUCUGAUGCUCUUAGACGAGAAAUGUAUUCUUGGGGAAUAGAGGUCAGUAUCAUGGAGCCGGGCUGUUUUCAGACAGGAAUGACUCAGCCUGCCGCGAUUGAGAGACAGCUGCGACAAUGUUGGAAUAACCUGAGUGAUGAACUGAAAAAGGAAUACGGAGAAGAAUACUUGGAAAAAAGUAUUGCUCUCAGUACUUUGGUCUCUCCUUCUGGUCGUACCGGUGACGUUGUUGAUGCCGUCGUGGACGCUUUGACGUCACAGACACCACGUGAUCGCUAUUUGAUUGGUUUUGAUGCCAAAUUCAUUUUUGCCUGGCUAGCGCGGUUUCCAACCUCUAUGGCAGACUUCAUACUUAAGCGCCUGGUUCCUCAGGACUUGGUGCCGCUGGGGAGCAAAUGAUGCUGUAGCCAACCUGACUGGUUUGGCUAGCGCGACCACCAGCUGUGCAAGGCAUGUACGCACCUGCGCUAAAAGGACACUGUUCCUCAAGUUCGCUAUUAGUACCUUAUGUUACUAUACAGUGCCUGUAGUUCUCCAAUGGUCUUACUUUUAUUAUUAUAUUAAAAUGUAUAUUAAUUUGAUAUUACCUAUUAAAGUGCAUUUCAAUUGAGUGUUGUCACACCAACACCAAAACCGUAAUGAUGACGGCCAACCAGAAGGAGCGAAAAUACCUCAAGGGAGCCAAAGCAAACGAUGCAAGCUUCUUUAUUAGAAUAGUAGAAUUUACUAGGUUGCGUCGUUUUCAAGAAUUUAUGUCAUCAUGACCAUGCUCUAACAUCGUUUCCUUCUCGUGGAAGACAUCCGCUGCUGUUAUUUUGAUUUACAUUUCCAAGAACGUUUAUGUUGCCAUUUAUUCGGCCAAUCAGGUGUCUAGUAGGUGCUGGAGGCGGAGACGUCAAAAUCGUGUCAUGUUGACAACUGUUCUUUAUUGUUUGAGAACUUCGCAAACCAAAGAAAGGAUGUUUGCUUCCUUCUAGCAAAAUCGGUGUAAUUGAAAAAUAUUAGGGACCUAAAGCAAAUCACAACCGCAAAGGUAAGGAGGGCGUGCCAAAAACAAAAGAUCUUAUGGGCAGAAUAAUAGCUCAGCACGUGCGUUUGAAGACUUUGUACAUUUCUUUGCCGACCUCUGCAAAACAACAACUCGACAGAAACUCCGACGACAAAUUAUUUAAAUUUCCAUUUGGAACUCAGCGCUUAUACCGAAGUUGAGUUGUGGCACCGCAAGAGACGGUAAACACAUC